AUACCAAGUGCAUGUCUGGCUUUGUGAAGUUCCAACGCUCGUGCUACAAGUUUGUGAGAGAGGAGAAGACGUGGCAGCAGGCACAACAUGACUGUCGUACCAUGGGGGCGAACCUGGUGUCCAUUAAGUCUUGGGAAGAGCAGAAGUUUAUCCUGGACCACGUAGCCACACACAAAGAGCUUUUCCCAAAUUUUUGGGGGUUUCACGCUGGAGCCACAGACGCGGCAGUGGAAGGGAUUUGGCAAUGGGUUUCUGAUGGAUCUUUGGUCCAAGGAUAUUUAGGCUGGGACUUCUUUGAUCGUCUGCAUCAGAACGGGGUACACGAGAACUGUCUGUUGCUGUUUGCUCAACGUAAAUAUCUGUGGCAUGACGAGCCCUGCAGCUUUAAGGCACAUUCUAUUUGUGAAAUUGAAAAUUGA